GCUGUUAAAUGACUCCCCACGCAUCUGGAUCAGGUGCCCACCACGUGGCGAACUAUAAAGAGGCUCAAAAAAAUGGCAGUGGAUGUUGCAGACGAAGAUAAGUGGCUGUACGGCGACUGCGAGGACGAAGGUUUGAAGCUUUUAACACCAGAUAAAGAUACACCAGAAAUAGUACAAGAAAAUGGAAGAGAGCCGACGCCCACUUUUGAGGAGACGGAUCUACUGGAAGAACCAAGCCACACCCCCUUACCCCCACCAGCUGAGAUCAAUAAUGAGGUCGCCACUGCUGACUCAGCACCUGUAGAGGAGACGAGUGCAAUGCAGAGUACAGAAGAUGGUGGAGGCAAUAAAGAUGAAGAGGAGGACAGCGAGAGUGACGAUGACGAUGUGCAGAUCACAAUAGGAGAAAUCAAAACUGAGAAUAUUUACAACCGACAGCCUGGUUACCCACGGUUACCCGCCACUCAAGGUGCAGUGGGUGUGGCCAGGAAGGUGGACCUCGAGACAGUGCCUCAGAUCAAUGGUCAGUCACUCCUCGAGAUGGAUAUAGGAGAGGUAGCCGACAAGCCGUGGAGACUACCAGGUGCUGAUAUUACUGAUUACUUCAACUAUGGCUUCACUGAGGAAACGUGGCGAUUAUAUUGUGACAAACAGCGUAAAAUGAAAACUGAAGUUGGAAACCUCAACAAAAUAGCCGUCCAGAGUAAUCGACCCCUGGUGACCUCUGAGGCUAUGGUAUACCCUUCAUCGAUGUCCAAGCUUCCUCUUCCUCUGCCUCUGCCUCCUGGCCAACCCCCCGUUGUGUCUGCCCCCAUCUCCCACACAUCCAUUGCAGCUGCUGCCACCGCUCAACGUGGCAAAACACCGGACGCUGACGGUGGUGGAGGUGAAUCAGAUGGCAGGGCUACUCCAGAGCUACCGACACAGACCAAUACCAUCAUCAACAUGCCUCUGAAACCAUCACUCAUGCCACCCCCAAUGCUACCACCAUCAUCGCUAGGCAACCUCCCGCCCCCUCCCUUUGGAUUCCCCCCACCUUUCCACGGAGCCCCGCCCACUGGAGACCAUAACCUAGCCGCAGCAAUGGCCGCCAUGUUUGGAGUGAGACCACCAGACGGCAGUGGUCUACCCAACCUCCCGCCCCCUCAACACGGGUUUCCCCCUAUGCCCCCUCCAGGCAUGGGCAUGGGAAUGGGGGGCAUGCCUGAUGGAAUGCAUCCUCCCUUCCCGGGAUUGCCAUUUCCACCGCCAGGAGAUCAUGGUCCAAUGUCAUUUGAUGAGAGGGGCUUACCCCCCAUGCCCCCUGACAUGCUACACGGUGCCCCCUUUCAUUGGGACCCGGCCAUGGGACCACCUCCCCCUGAGCUCUUUGAGGGGUUCCGCCCACGCAGUAGAUCCCCGUCUCGAUCCACUUCGUCUCGUUCUCGUUCUCGCAGCUCAUCGUACGAGCGCUACAAGAAGAGUUCCUCCCGGAGACACCGCAGGAGGUCCAGGUCACGCUCGCGAGAUCGUGAACGCAGCAGUCGUAGCAGUCGUCAUCACCGUGAGCACCAUCGGAGCGACAGACACGACCGUGACAAAGAACGAGAAAAGCAGAAGAGCAGCAGACGAGAGCACCGGGAAGAUCGUUCAAGACACGAACGGUCGAGUCGUCGCCACCGCAGUACAAGCAGGAGCAAGGAUAAUGAGAGAAGCAGCCGCAAAGAGAAGACCAAAGCCACUACUGAUGCUGACACAACCAGAGACUCUCGCUCUAGAUCAAGAACUCCUUCCUAGAACUCUAAGACUAAUGUUCUCUUUAGCUAUAUACCUUCAGUCAGUGUGUGGUCUCACUAUAGAGACACCUUGCUGUGUCUGCUCUAAUGUGCUAUGUCUGUGUGUGUGUCUGUGUUUUUGCACUCUUUAUUCACCUUUUCUUAUGAG